GUCGUACUCUCUCGCGAGCGCCUCGCGCAUUACCGCUACGGUACGCUCGACGAUCAGUUUAGUCAGCUCGGCCGCACAAGCCUGUCGUCGUCUUCGUCUUUGCAGUCGCACUCAUCGUCGUCGUCGUAGUCGUCGUCGACCGGUGUUUUGAAUUUCGCCUCUGCUCUCGAAAAAACAUCGAUCCCAUAGUAAUAUUUAUACAUUUUUUUUUUUUUUUUUGUCUCAAUCGCAACAGACUGGUACGUGCCAUUCACCCCACAUGCGUUUUCCGUCGUAUUUUCUCGUAUUAUUCACGCGGUAUAAUAUACUAGAAUAACCGCCCUCCGGCACCGUUAUCAUAUAAUAUCCGUCGCGGGCAAGCUGCGAAGACAUAUCGAGGAUCGCGCAGCCAGAGAUAUUGGCCUCUUGGUGGGCAUAUUCCGUGUGACUACGAUGUUUCACGCGUGGACCGUGUAAGCCACAGCGAACCGAAAUGUUUGUGACCAACCGCGUCUCGGCCACAUGGGCCCUCACGAUAUUGGCCGUGAUCGCGAUGAUUCGGGCCCACUGCCCGUCGAAUUGUUCAUGCGAUGACGACACCCUGGUGGUCCUAUGCAAAGAGGGCAACCUGGACGUGAUCCCGAUCACACUGAACCCGUCCAUUCAGAGACUGAUGCUCAUGUACAAUCGUAUCAAGAUCGUGGAUGCAUCGUUCCAGUUUUACGGGGCACUGCAGUAUGUGGAUAUAUCACACAACCACCUGGUGAACAUACCCAAUAAAGGGUUCGAGGCCCAGGAGAAACUCGUUGAGCUCCACCUGAAUCACAAUAAGAUCUCAUCGAUCAACAACAAGACGUUCAUCGGGUUGGCGUCGCUCACCAUACUUAACCUACGUGGCAACUAUUUGGAAGACCUGCCCGAUCGGCUGUUCGCAGCGCUUCCCAAACUAGAAGAACUCGACUUGGGCGCCAACCGAAUCACCCGCAUCGAUCCGGCUUCGUUUCAGGGCCUAACUCGACUCCGGGUGCUGUACUUGGAUGAUAAUCAGCUCCGAGCCAUACCCACUCCCGCUUUCAAGUUCCUUGGAAACCUGGCUGAGAUGCGCAUCGGCCUGAACGCGUUCACCACGCUGGACGAUGACUGCUUUGCGGGUCUCGGCCGUCUGUCGGUGCUCGAGCUUACCGGCGCAGCAUUGAUAAACAUAAGUUCCAAUGCUUUCAAGGGAUUGACCGUUCUCAGGCGGCUGGUGCUGACAGACAACCGGCUAUCGGCCAUACCCACCAAACAGCUGUCUGACCUGAAUCGGUUGGAAGACCUGUGUGUGGGGCAGAACGACUUUGUGACGAUCGAACCGAACGCAUUCAAGGGGCUAGCCAACUUGCGAUCGAUCGACAUAUCAGGUGCGUCUCAGCUGUCAGUUAUCAAAAAAGGCGUUUUUAACGACAACCUCAACCUAGAAACGAUAAACUUUAGUAGCAACAAACAGCUAGCGACCAUUGAGAACGGUGCAUUCAUGGGGCUACCUAACCUCCGGAACUUGAUCAUGCGCAACAACGCAUUCACGUCAUUCGCCGAGGCUAUGGUCACAUGGCAAGAACUGCAGCAGAUCGAUCUGACCGAGAACCCGCUGGUGUGCGAGUGUUCAGUGCUGUGGCUCAAGGAGCUGCUGGCCCGCCGCAACACAAGCCACGUGAACUGCGCCAGCCCGGCACAGCUCAAGGACAAGCCGCUCAACUCACUUGGGUCUGACGACCUAUCUUGCGCCAAGUACUAUACCAGGCAGCAAGCCAUCGUGGGUGCGGUGUUCGGGUGCACUGUAGCAUUUAUAGCGCUCAUGUUGCUGUUGGCGUACCGGUUCCGGAAGCGUCUGCAUCAUUCGCUGAAGAAGACGUUCUGGAACAAGGAGACGGUGAACCGGAAGGACCUAGAAUACCAAAAAACGUUCUCGGACGACGAAUUUAUCGUACGGAACACAAAUACACAACAUCAUACUGGUCCACAUGGACACCAACCACAGCAACAGCAACAGCAACAACAACAGCAUCAUCAUCACCACCAGCCCCAGCACCACAACCCUCAGCAGCACAACCAGCACCAUGGUGGCGUUCAACACCACAGUCAGCCACAGCAGCACAAGCAGCAACACCACCACCUCCAGAACUUUCAGCAGCACAUCCAGCAGCAGCAGCAUCAGCAUCAUGGCAACGACCAUCACAUGAUGAUGAUGAUGGCGCCGGCACCACCACCUCCACCACCUCCGCCACUGCACCAUGGCACGUACAGUCAUCACAAUCAACACCUGUACCAGCCACAGCAACCACGCCACCAGAACACGAUGCCACAUCGCAACGACAAGCCGAUACCGGUCACGGAACUGUAGCUAGAGCUUUUCGCCUCAACGCCAACGGGCGAGAGGCGAUACCAGACCGCCGGAACAUCCGACGGUACUACUAGUGUCACCGGCUUUUCAUACAUUUCAGGCGAAAUCUGCAAAUAUGGAGGUGGUGGCCAAACGUUGAAUAAUCGAUCUCUACCACCGCCCGGUUACCGUGUUUACCACCCGCACUCUCUCCGUCGUUUUUGCGACUCUUAAGCCCAGCCACAAAUAAUACGCACUUGCCAAGCCCCGUUUUACUUGCCCCUCUGCCCUGACGACCCUGAUCGCACCGAUAAAAAUAAUCCAACGCACACGAUCCACU